CUUCGCCGCCUGGCGCUCCCCGCUCCCCCGCCCGGAGGGAGGCAGACGGAUGACGUCACCGGAUCAGGCCGACCGGCAAUGGGCGCCAUUUUGAAACCCCAAAACCUCCAGCGGCUGCAGCUGUGUGCGGCGGCGGCGGCUCUGACCCGGUCCCGGCCGGCGCCUCCCCGUCGUGGGCCCCGCAGCCCCCCGCCCCACACACACUGCGCGACAUGGCAGGGGUGGCAGGAGGUGGCGGAGGAGGAGGUGGUAACGACUUCCAGUGGUGCUUCUCCCAGGUGAAGGGGGCUAUCGACGAGGACGUGGCGGAAGCUGAUAUUAUUUCAACAGUUGAAUUUAAUUACUCUGGAGAUCUUCUUGCGACAGGAGACAAGGGUGGCAGAGUGGUUAUAUUUCAAAGGGAACAAGAGAAUAAAAGCCGUCCGCAUUCUCGGGGAGAAUAUAAUGUUUACAGUACCUUUCAGAGUCAUGAACCUGAGUUUGACUACUUGAAGAGUCUAGAAAUUGAGGAAAAAAUUAAUAAAAUUAGGUGGUUACCUCAACAGAAUGCUGCUCAUUUCCUGCUGUCUACAAAUGAUAAAACUAUUAAAUUAUGGAAAAUAAGUGAAAGGGAUAAAAGAGCUGAAGGUUAUAACUUGAAAGAUGAAGAUGGACGACUUCGGGAUCCAUUUAGAAUCACAGCACUACGAGUGCCAAUAUUGAAACCCAUGGACCUAAUGGUAGAAGCAAGUCCCCGAAGGAUAUUUGCAAAUGCGCACACGUAUCACAUAAACUCUAUUUCAGUAAAUAGUGAUCAUGAAACAUACCUUUCUGCAGAUGACCUAAGAAUUAACCUAUGGCAUUUAGAAAUCACAGAUAGAAGUUUUAACAUUGUAGAUAUUAAGCCCGCUAACAUGGAGGAACUAACAGAAGUGAUUACUGCUGCAGAGUUUCACCCACAUCAUUGUAAUGUGUUUGUCUACAGUAGUAGCAAAGGAACUAUACGACUCUGUGAUAUGCGUUCUUCAGCCCUCUGUGAUAGACAUUCAAAGUUUUUUGAAGAGCCUGAAGAUCCCAGCAGCAGAUCAUUCUUUUCAGAAAUUAUUUCCUCAAUAUCUGAUGUAAAAUUCAGUCACAGUGGUCGAUACAUGAUGACAAGAGACUACCUUUCAGUUAAAGUGUGGGAUCUCAAUAUGGAAAACAGGCCUGUAGAGACAUAUCAGGUUCAUGAAUAUCUUCGAAGCAAGCUUUGUUCUCUCUAUGAAAAUGACUGCAUCUUUGACAAGUUUGAGUGCUGCUGGAAUGGUUCUGAUAGUGCUAUUAUGACUGGCUCCUACAACAAUUUCUUUAGGAUGUUUGACCGUAACACACGACGGGAUAUUACAUUAGAAGCAUCAAGAGAAAGUAGCAAACCUCGUGCCAUCUUAAAGCCACGCAAAGUGUGUACAGGUGGUAAGAGAAAGAAAGAUGAGAUAAGUGUUGACAGUCUGGACUUCAACAAGAAGAUCCUUCAUACAGCAUGGCACCCCACAGAGAACAUCAUUGCUGUAGCUGCCACCAAUAACUUGUAUAUAUUCCAGGACAAAAUUAACUAAAGAUGGCUUAUUUGAGGACAAAGUCGUCUUCUUGCAUAGUUAAGCUCAGUUGUUUCUGUAAAAAAGAAGGCCUUGUUGUCCUACCAGUAAAGAACAUUGAUGCACUUACUUCCCUUUAUAGAUAAAGGAGAGAAGCUUGCCUGGUUUUGAGUUCGUGGUGUAGUUCUGCCUUCAGUGAGGGGGAUGUGAGUUGCAAUUUUCAACAAGAAAAAGCCCACUAGAAGCAGAAUUGAUGGACAGUGCUCAAUAAAGGCCAAUACUCAAAUGUAUUUAUUUAAGUCUGAGCCUUCCUUUCCAGUUUAUAGACCAAAAAUUUAACACCCAAGAAGAAAACUUGUCAUAAAAAUGUAAUUUCUGUCUCUGCGCUCUUUCUCUGCUGUAAUAUUUGGGCCUUUCAAAACAUUUAUUGUGCUUUAUGCCUGUAAACAUUCCUUCUCUGGCCUUUUAUCUAGGCUUAGGUGUUUUUAUCUCUGAGCACUUAGGUAGGUCUUGAGUUGGGUUUGUAGGCAGGUUUCCAUGUAUAUUUACUCACCAACUGUAUCUAUAACCACACCUUCUGGUGUAAACCACUUAAUAAAAAUAACAAACUAUAAAAAGUGUUUUUAAAUCUGAAAGUAUGUAUUCAGUCUUUUUAUUUUUUUAUCGCAUGUAUUGAGGUUGUGAAAAAUAAUUCUGAUGGGAAGAUUUGAAAAGUUUGUCCCAGAACAUUGAUUUUUGACAGGCAGGUAUGAACAGAUUUGUGUAGUAUGAAAUAUUUCAAACUCUAAAAUUAGUUUCCACAAAACUGUCAUUAGUUGAAAUUGUGUUGGUUUCCUGUAAAAUUACAUCAUACUUUAUACAAAAAGUAGGAGAUUGAAAAGGUUGGUAUAAAGUUAUCUAGAGCCAUAAUAGAAAGAAGGAAAAAAUAUCUUAAAACAUUCAACAAAAUUGCUGCUUUAACAAUUAAAAAUCCGGUUUAACAGAUGCCUCUCAAAUGUUCGACAUAGACACAUACCUUAUGUGCAUUAUUUUUUUUUUAACCUGGUUAGUACUACUUGUUUUGGAAAAAAAUAUACUUUAUUUUAAAUAUUAAAAAUUUGGCAUAAUAUGUAUAUUGAAUUUCACGUUGCAGUUAAAAAAAUUAACUUAUUAUGCCAAACAGCAGCACAACAUAACAAAUUUUAACAUAUUGUAACCCGUUGAGACCAUGAGAUCAGGUUAUAUGGAGGCUACAUACUGAUGUGAAAUGCAUUUGUGGUAAUGUCUGUUCCUGUUGACAACAGAAGGUUAAAGAAUAAUUCUUGGUACUCUCUUUCAAAAGGGCCUGAAACUCAUCCAUCAGUUUUUCACCCAAAACAGGUGUGGGUGUAAAAUUGUACCUGAAAUAAUUGCAGGCACAUUUUAAUAGCAUCAAAUUACCUAGAUAUGUAAAGGCUAUAAAAUGUGCCUGCAAAAUCAGAGGUGUCUUCUGAAAAUCGGAUCCUUUGAGCCUCCCUGAUGAAAUACAGAAGUGUGGUUUACACUCCAUUUUUAAUAAAAUGAAGGUGUAUUAUGAUUACUCAACCAGAUAUGGAUAUGCAAGAGAAAAAUGUCUCUGUUCCUUCCCUCUCAAUUAAUGUCCAUAGUGCCACUCUUGUUCACAAUAAGCUAGUAAAUACAGCUAACUUUUUGGGGUUCUAUGAAUAAAGUUUAAAUAAAAAUCUUAUACUGUAUAUUGGUUGUGACACUAUUUGCAAAUCUUGAAAUGUGGAACUAGGUCAUUUAAGCAUUAGAUUUGACCUUGUUCUUAAAAUACAUAAUAGAGCUAAUACAAUGGGAUUGUAUAUACUUGUUCAAUUAUUUUGACCAAAAAGUUUAAUAAAUUUUAAAUGUUUACCUGAA